AUGCAGGAUACGCACUCUGCCGGCAUGGACUUCGACUUUGACAGGCACAGCAAGGAGAUGGAGGCACAGAACUACGAGGAGGGUGUGAAGGACCAUGCCGAGUAUGACUUCGUCGGUAACGACCCACAUGAGGAUCUUCUUGCGUCGUCCGAGGCUGAUCAAGCUGCCACUGCUCAGCUUGCCCAUCUGAAUGCUUUGCCACGCCGCCUUCACGAACCUCAGAACCUACAGAACCUCUUUGUCGUGACACGUGAAAUCGACAAUAUGGGUGACGUUGGUUCUGAGGUUCGUCUGCAUUUUUACAAGGAAAUGAUCCAUUGGAAUGCAGGGCGAAGAGGCACCGUCUGGUACAGCAAGGCUCCUGCUGUAUCGGGAGCCAUUCCCAUGACCCAUAUCACCCAGUACUUCCACGAGCACUCCGGUCAACUCGGCAAGAACGCUUGCCUCCUCUAUGCUAAGCCUCGUCCGGUAUUCACCCGUUGGAUCCAUCUUCCUCCUCGCAGCAAGGCCUCCAGGAAGCCUUUCCGCUACCAACUCAUCUAG